AUGACGCAGUCUCCGACACCUCUAGAGAGCGUCGAGGUAGUUGGCGGGCCUUUUCUAAGACACCCAAGCUGGUCCUCAGGAACGAAGACUGGUCUCCCUCUUGGCAACACAGCUGCCUCAAGCACCUCUGCGGUCGUUCCAACGCUCAAUCCCUCUGAGUUUGUUGUUAACAAGCCCGGGCUAGAUGGUUCCCCGCUGCUGGUACGAGCUGCAAGUGAUGGUCUGGGGGAAAUUGUGGAGAAGCUGCUCGCCAAUGGAGCCCACAUUGAAGCUGUCCACAGUGAGACAAAACGUAAUGCUUUGAUCGAAGCUUCGGUACAGGGGCACCACAAGAUUGUCGAUUUGCUUCUGGACCAUCGUCGUUCGCAUCAGCAUCUAGACUCGCAGCAUAUGAGUGUGCUACAUCACGCUGCCCAAAACGGACAUCUCCUUGUUGCAAAGGCCCUUCUAGACAGAGGUGCCGCUGUUAACAUUCAAGGUUCGAGCUGCUUGACACCUCUUAAUCUUGCUUCGUGGGCCUCUCAUGCCAACAUGGUGAUGCUUCUCCUACAAAGACAGGCCAACGUCGAGGCAAGAGACGCAUCGCAACAGACAGCCCUUCGUGUCGCCGCUUCUCGUGGUUUCCCGAACGUAUGCAACUCACUACUCGACUAUGGCGCUCAGUCCGAGAGACGGGAUGGUGACCCGAAAACUCCAAUGAAACUAGCCAUCGCAGCAGGAUACCGGGAAGUAGGUCUCAAGGACGAUGCAUAUAAGCCAGCAAUUCUAGCUGCAAAAAGUGGGAAUCCUGAGAUGGUGACAUUAUUGCUGCGCCAAAAGGCCAAAUUCAAAGGAAAGGACAGUGAUGGCUGGACAGCCUUGCAUUUUGCCGCUCACCACGGCCAAACUCUAGUCAUCGAGCAACUGGCUGACCGGAAAAUCUCAAGCAAGCCAACGACAGCCAAAAAAGAGACGCCACUCCACCUAGCCGUUGCAGCGGGUCACUUUGGAGCAACUGAUUGCCUUCUUCGGUGUAAGCGUGGAUCAUGUGUCACCUCCAAAGACGGUCGUGGCGAAGAGCCGCUUCAUCGGGCUUCUCGUGCUGGAAGUACUGACACAGUCAACCUGUUGGUUUCCCACAAAGCGAAUGUAAACGCUGAGAACGGCUUCGGCUGGAAGCCGCUUCACAUCACGGUUGCUUAUGGACAUGCAGCAAUAGUUCAACAAUUGGUGAAUUUAGGCGCCUCAAUCGAAGAAAAGAUGGGUUCGACAGAGUACAAAAAGGUUGACACUCACUUUCUCGUCGACAAAUUCGACCAUGACGAUAUUGCCCGGUUUCUGCUCAGCAAAGGUGCAAAGGUUGAUUCAGCCUGUGGCAGAGGUUGGAGACCUCUUCAUCUAGCCGCUUUCAACGCUUCUCCAGCCACCGUAGACAUGUUGCUCCAGAGGAACGCAUAUCCGCUUGCAGUCACAGACUUGGCCCGAAGCAGAACGCCCCUGGGCCUGGCACGUCAUCGUUCGCAAUCGAAAACAUUAUCUGGGAUUGUGCCGUCCGAGGCAGAUCGACUCCGGGUUCAGGAGCUUCUACACGCAGCCAUGGCCUCAGUGCCAAAGCGUUCGCAAGACCAUUGGAAGCAGAUGAAAAUUAAAGCAGGCAAGGGACCGGAUGACAAGACUGAGAACCUGAGGGCUGCCGCAGCUGCUAUGAAGAUCACUGGGAAGGGACUCGCGUUGGCAAGGCAUGCAAGCAUUAUAGACAUGAAAGUCUGA